GUUGGAAGCAUGGAGUAGCGCGGUUGUGGACCCAAAUGAGAAUUUUCCCUCGAUCACGAUCUAUUGUGAGUCCAACGUGGCUUUGAUCUCUCCUGCCCGCCACAUGAGAUCUAAUGCGGUGAACAAAGAUAUUGAAUUUCAACGGAGAACAUACAAUAUACCUACAUAUAUAGCACUACUAUGAAAAUCAUUUUGCUAUAUACUCAGCAGCGAGCAACCACAUACUCGGUUGGAUAAGAAAGACUCCGAGUCAGUUACCGAUGGAACGUCGUUGAGUUCAUUUCGGCGGUGCUGAGUCUUUACUUUUGUGAGAUUCUCCCAAGUGAUCGUCCACACAUACACCGAGUUUGUUUGCGGACGUCUCAAAGAUUGUGCCCUCCUAAGUGACGACGAGUGUUGAUCCCAGAGUGGAAAAAUCUCCUUUCUGUUCAAAAGGGCAUUUAGUGAAGAAGAAAAUAAUGUGAAUGUAAAGCAGGAAGAUUUCUCUCAUACCAGUGUCCCACAUUGAUGGUCAGUGUUGCACGGAAGAAGCAAAAAAAAAGAAGUGUGAUGUGAAAUUGCGAGAGAUUGAUUUUGCAAGAGUGAAAAAAAUUGUGCCACAUUUUGGGUGUGCAGAAAGUAAUUAAGAAGAAAAAUGUGUGUGCUCUGAAAGUCAUCAAUGGCCUUUCUUUCGUUGUCUUUCGUAACAACACCCCGCGGAAGGACUCCAACCAGUACCGGCCCCAGAACACCAUCUGACUUGGAUUACGAUGUUCCCGUGCCACGGAGGCACGUUACAAAGCCAACGUACGCGAGGGCAAUCUACGACAACAUUGCCGAGAGUCCUGAUGAAUUGGCUUUCAAACGAGGCGACAUCCUGACGGUUAUUGAGCAGGAUACAGACGGCCUGACAGGAUGGUGGCUUUGCAAGCUCAGAGGACGGCAGGGAAUCUGUCCGGGCAACAGACUGCGUAUUGUGCAAUCGUACGAUAGUGGCUGCUGUAGCCCAUCACCAAUCUCGUCCCCAUGCCCGUCAAUUGGAUCAUCCAGCAGCUUGUAUGCCAAUCACACGACACAUGUCUCCAAUCCCUCUGAAUUGUACGAGAACACGAGUGUGGCUCGACUACAGAAGCAUGGCAAGAGGCGAUCGUGGCACAUAAUGCCCAACAAGGUCGUAACUCCCCAGAAAUGUGGUGAUGUCUAUCUGUAUGAUUUGCUACCGACGCCACAACGAGGAAGCGGCUUCCUUGGUGGCACAACCGUAAUGUCCGGUGAUACAUCGGAAACGUACGACGUGCCAAAGCCCGCAGUUCCCGUGAACUACGACGUUCCACGUGUCUGGCAUUCCCCGCGUGGUCGUCCUGAAGACUGUUGCUACGACAUCCCACGCCCUGUAACACUCCUGAGUCAGAAGGAUCUCACCCCGAGCAGUUCCAAUUCCUCCCUCCUCACUUCCGACAGCCUCAGCCUGUCGUCCUCAAAUCGUUCCUCACUAGCCAAUAUGACGGACUACGACGUUCCACGGCGGGUAGCCCGUGCCUCGCCGCAUCCAUCGAGCAUGAGCACCUCAACAGCAUCACUGCAGCUCAACUACGACGUUCCCAUUCCGCAUAGUCCCCAGAAUCACACACUGCAGCUGAGUACGUGCAAGGAGCUUCCAUUGGAACUGGGAUCAGCCCUAGAUACGCUGGCAAAGCUUCAGACUGAAGCUACAAAUGCUGUGACGCGUCUGUUGGCUUUUGUUUCGCCACAAUGGCGGACAAAGGAGAAACUCGAUCCUAUCCUUAUGGAUCUCAAACUUGCAGCUGUGCGCCUUCGAACUGCACUGCAUGAUCUCGCUGAAUUUGGAGAAGGUGCCCUGGGGAAUACUGCCAAAGCUGAUGAUAAAGGAUUGUCUAUUAAAUUACGUCCAUUGGUGCGUGCAUUAAAGGACGCCGAUCGCCUAGUUCAUGAAGCAUCACAUUGCAUUGACAUUCAAGGGUGGACGCUUGAAACUUUGACAAGGGCUGAGAUCAAAGCGGGCACACAACUACCGCCAGAUAGUUUGGAUCAACUAAUUGCAUGCGCUCAAACCCUCACAGAAGAUGUCCGACAGACGGCGUCCUUUAUUCAAGGCAAUGCCACGCUGCUGUUUAAGCGAAUUUCCCCGAGUGUUACACCCCAAACACCGAGUAACAACAACAACGGCGACUGGCCCGAAGACUAUGACUACGUGUGCUUAGAGUCAAAGGAGGCGUCAGCGCGUAAAAAUGCCGAAAUUCGCGAUGCAUUGCCGUCGGAUUUGCAGAAGAAUUUUGAGAAUGUCGUGAAGAAUGCAGAGAGUGCGGCCAUUGGGGCAACAGCAGGAACAGAACUCGAUCCCAACGAUAAGACACUCCUUGUGUACUAUGCCGCACAGACGGUGACACACAUGAACUACCUGACGCAGGCCAUUGAUGCUUUCCUCCAGACGGUGGAGCACAACCAACCGCCAAAGUUCUUCCUGGCACAUGGGAAGUUUGUCGUUCUCAGUGCCCACAAUCUCGUCAACAUUGGUGACAUUGUGCAUCGCAAUGUGACAAAGCAGGAUGUCCGGGGGAAUAUUCUGCAGUGUGCCGAUGCCCUGAGUGACGGCAUGAAGGCGUGCGUUGCUAAAACGAAGAAAGCUGCCCAACAUUUUCCCAGUGUUAAUGCCGUUCAGGAGAUGGUGGACUCUGUUGUGGAUAUUUCACAUCUAGCCAGUGACCUCAAAAUUGCAAUGCUACGAGCUGUCCAACAAUAAAAAUCCCAGCAGUAUAAAUAUUUAUCAAAGCAUAAUGUAAAUAAAACGCACAAUAUCACAUUUAAUCGAGACGAGAGAGCGCCCUUUUGAAAAAAGGGAAGCAAAAUGAGCAAUUUUCAUGCAAUUCAACCGGGCAUGGAGUCAAAUUACUACAUACAUACACAUUCACUUUCUCCCCCCUUUUGGAGAGUCAACGAAUAAGCUAUUUUCUAAAUGCAUUUGGAAGACAUUGAGAGCUGAAAAGGAAAGGAAAGAGAGGAAAACCAUAAGAAACGGAAACUGCCAAAAUGUUCGUUUUUUUUCUACAACGUGCGAUGAAUAUUUGUCAAGAUUUUUACAUGUCUAAUAUAAUAUAUUUGAUAAGAUAUACGUGGGAUAUAGAAGAACCUGUAGAAGAGGACCCUCAAAUAAAAAUAAAAUAUUUGUAGGAAGUCACACCAAGUUGAAUCCUUAAUAAGUUGAAAUGAUAAAACUUUCUAAUGUGAUAUUUGAUUGUAAUUAAUUUUAAUUUCAAAAUAUAAUUCAACCUAUAAGUGUACCUAUAUUGCUUUUACAAAUUUAUCCAUUAAGUUUGACCCAGAGAGAUGUAAUUGUAUAUUUAUUUUUCUUGCUGCUUUAUCUUAAAUUUUUUCUGUACUUUUUCCAUUGAUCUAAUUCUGAUCAAUAAAAAUGGAUAAAAUCUUAAUUAAAAAAAGUAGAUAAGGGGCAAAACAAAGAGAGUCUUAAGAAAUUAAUAAGAGAAAAAGAAUCCCAAAAUAAACUAAAAUAUUGGGAUGAAAAUUUAUUAUUUGUGUAGAGACUUAAGAAGAAUAUCCAAUCCACAUUUAAUAAUUGUAUGGAGUAAAAAUAAAAAUAUUACACACAGAUUGAAAGAAAAA